GAUAAACCAGCACCUAACUGGACACGUUUUGUUUGCGUUAGCGAUACUCAUAACAAAGUUAGCCUUAAGACCUAUCAUGUUCCUGAAGGAGAUGUUCUGCAUUUAACCGAAGUUGGUAAAUUGGAUCAAAUAAAAACUGCUGUUUGCUGGAUUAAAAGUCUUCCACAUAA